AUGUUCUUAUGUUUGCCUAUCUUCUUUGGGUGCCCCACAAGGAUCAAGCCAGAGGGGAAUCAGACACCCAGAAUCUGCCCGAGAUGUGGCAACGCAUCCGUACACUCCGCCAAGUCCAGACUCUGGUUUGAGCUCUACUUCAUCCCCCUCAUUCCUCUAUCAUCGAAGCGCAUAUGGAUAUGUAGCAUUUGUCAGUGGAGCAUCCCCAUGGAAGCAGGUUGGGAGCCAGGGUACGAUUUCCAACGUGGGGGAGUCAGUAAUUGGCAAGUCCCACCGCCGUCGGGGUACAUAAAUCCUCCUCCGAACCCGUACCAGCAAGGGUACCAACCAGGAUAUAUUGACUACGCGGUCAACCAAGGUCAGAAGCCCGAGGGAUCGUGA